CUUGCAGAUCAGGAGCUUUGCGGCAGCGGGACGAAUGACGGCUUAGCUGUAGAGGAAGUUAGCGGAGGCAGGCAAGCAGGUAGCCGCGUUACUAUGUAACCUAUACGAAUUGGACACAUCAUUGCACUCAGACAGAGGAAGGUAGCAGCAUUCAUGGAUAUUGUGGACACUUUUAACGUUUUAAUACCCAGUGACCAGUUAGACGACAGCCUUGUCAUAGGUCAAAAUCUGGAAUGUGAAGCCAGUAAUGAGUUUGGGUCGGGACUCUGCCUUGAAGAUUCGCUCAAGAACAUGUUGAGUGACAAAGAUCCCAUGUUUGGAUGUGCAACGUCUCAGUUCAACCUGCUGGAUAAUGAGGACUCUACUUUUCAAAUUUCAGGCUCAGCAGAGCUCAGUGGUGGUUCAACAGCCGCAGGCCUCAGCGGUGACCUGGCGGUCACAAAAAACAAUUCAGCCACAAUCAAGAAGCCUGUGGGCAGACCCAGGAAGCGCCCAAUUAACGUACAGUUAGACACAGAAUCCAAUGACGGUCCAAAGCCUGCUGAGAUUACCACAAAUCCUGUACCCAGAGGAAGACCGGGAAGGAAACCUUCCAACAGACUACAGAAGUCGUUUCUGAUCAAGAAAGGGGUGAAAGGAAUACAGCUGAAGAAAGAACUAACUCUGGGUGGACGCAUCAAUAUCAACGAUAUUGAAGGUGGAUUAUGGUUAAAACCAUCUGUUGUGUUGAAACGACUGACUGUCACCAUUGGAGGAUUCAAGAUUGAACUACUUCCUGGGCCAUCCUAUCUCCAUGACACAGAAGCCAAUUUUGACGGUAGUUUUUCUUAUGGUGCGGAUGUUGGGUUCGCCAUGUUGUCAGAUGAUGGUGUCGCUGCACAAAAUCCUGCACUUCAGAAAGUCGCAGACCAGAAUGUAACUGAGAAUUUGGGUGUUGACGAUACACCACUUGGUCUGGGGCCGUAUGUGAACCCUAAUGAUGUGCAAGCGGCUAAUGGGACCGAAACAAAGAAGUGCACUCAAGAAACUAAAGAUGACAAUCAGCCUAUUGUGAGAAAGCAAAAGCCGGUCAAUGACAAAAAAUGUGGUGUUAAAACGCCACCAAGCAACGGGACCGCUGCAAGUAACAAGGUAGACAAUAAAGAAAAGAAACCAAUUUUAGCCAAAAACCUGCUCCAAUCAAAGCAACCACUUACUUUCAAUAAGAAAAGUGGUGUUAUAGGUGAAAAAAGCAAUGCGACUAAAGGAGCUACAGUCUCCCAAAAUGUACCAUCCAAAGUUGUCCAAAGAGAUGUCCUCCACAAAUUGAAAUCUCUUAAAGAGAAAAGAAGCAGUGAACAUUUAAAAAGGCGGUCUGACACCACCCCAAGUGAACAUCCCCCUAAACAUCCAAAGAUGCAAACAGGAGAUCCCAAAGUGAAGCCGAGCUCUCUAGUGAAGAAAACGCUAUCUAGUGGGAAUCGUGCCGUCGAUCAACACAGUCCAACCAAACCGUCUCAUACUCUCAACAUCUUGAAAGCAGACUCUUUGAACUCCACCCAUGUCACUCGUCUGGGUCAUUCCUCCAAAACACCAGAAGAAGCAGGGCAGGAGAAGCCGAAAAUGAAGAAGCCUGAAAAGAUCCUACAAAGGCAAAAAAGUAAAACCGCAAGAAGCAUCUCUGUGGAUGAGCCACAGCUGUUUAUUCCCGACAAUGCUCCGGCUGUAAAGAAAGAAAGUGUGGAGCCACAGCAGCAGGAGCAACCUGCCAACAGCGAGUCUGUGUGGGAUGGAAACAACUGCUGUGGUCAGUGCAAGAAACACCACAACAACAUGUUCAUGGUUGGCUGUGGCCGCUGUGAUGAUUGGUUCCAUGGUGAUUGUGUUGGACUUGACCUGCUCAAAGUACGCGAGAUGGAGGAGGAGGACCAGAUGUACGUGUGCUUAAAAUGCUGCGAGGAGGAGAGUAAAAAGCUGGAGCCCGAAACCUCGGCCACACCUGCACCUGAACUAAAGACCGAAGCUGUCAAGCAGGCUCCCAAACCUAAGUCAGCAGCCUCUGAGGAACUGACAUCAGGGGGCGUCCGAUCUUUCAAGAAGGAGCAAGGUCGAAGAUCAUCCGCAGAUGUCAAAGAAACUCAUCAUAAAACAGGCAUUCAGCUGAAACCUGAGGCAAAAAGUAAAAGCGCAUCUUCCUCUUCAAAAAAGCCUGCAUCUGUUGAGGAGAUCAGGCGUAGUGUGCGUGAUUCUCUGAAAGACAUCCUCAUCCAGAGGUUGAAGGAGUCUGAUUUGAAUGUCCCAGUGGAGAAAGCUUCUGAAGUUGCCAAGAAGAUCGAGAGAGAAAUUUUCCAUAUGUAUAAAGAUACGGAAAACAAAUACAAGAACAAGUAUCGAAGCUUGAUGUUUAACCUCAAAGAUACUAAAAAUAACGUUCUCUUUAGGAAGGUUCUAAAGGGAGAAAUAUCUCCUGCUAAUCUAAUCCGAAUGAGUCCCGAGGAAUUGGCUUCCAAGGAACUGGCUGCUUGGCGGCAAAGAGAAAACCGACACACAAUUGAAAUGAUCGAAAAAGAGCAAAGAGAGGUUGAGAGGCGUCCCAUCACCAAGAUCACACAUAAAGGGGAGAUCGAGAUCGAGAGUGAAGAACCAAGGAAAGUAUCUGAACCCGUGGAGGUUGAGGUUGAACCGCCAGUCAAAGCCCCAGAAGUGCCAGUAGAAGCUCCGAUUCCUCCAGAGAAACCUGCAGAGAGCACUGAGACUCAGAAGGACACCACCAGCAAACACAAGUCUCACUUAUUUGACCUCAACUGCAAAAUCUGUACAGGCCGCAUGGCACCCCCGGUGAAAGAGGCGCCCACCAAAGUGGUCAAAGUUGCGACAACCGUGGCAAAGCGACAGUCUGCCAAAAGCGAGGAGACGAGCACACCAACGCCAUCUGCUGUUGAGGAUGACCUCCACCUCACAGUCUUGGAGGAGAGCUUUCAGAAGGCUCACACCAGCUACGAGCGAAGGUCAGACAAUCCAGCUGGCCGAGACGAUGACGCAUCAUUCCUCUCCAGCCUGAAGUCCUUGUGGCGAGGCUUCCUGACGAUGCACUCUGUGGCUAAACUUGUCACAAAAGUUUUCCCUGUGUCAGGCAUUCUGGACAGCUUGACUCAGGAUCUUCCUGACAGCAUUAUGGUUGGCGGAAGGAUAAGUCCACAGACGGUGUGGGACUACUUGGAAAAGAUACGUGCUACAGGAACUAAAGAAGUGUGCCUGAUUCGCUUCUCCCCUGUAACUGAGGAAGAUGAGAUCUCCUACACUCUCCUGUAUGCUUAUUUCAGCAGCAGAAGGCGUUUUGGGGUGGUGUCAAACAACCGCAAACAAGUGAAGGACAUGUAUCUCAUUCCUUUGGGUGCUUCUGAAAAAGUGCCACAUCAACUUGUGCCUUUUGAUGGACCAGGUCUGGAAAACAACCGAGCAAACCUUCUCUUGGGACUUAUAAUUCGUCAGAGGCCCAAAAGAGAUUAUAUUCCAGUUGACGUCAAUGAAAGGACAAGGAUGUCUCCUGAUGUCAAGCCCGUCCCAGCUUCUGUCAAGGAAACUCCUGCGGAAGAAGAUGAUGAGAAGCUCUUCCUGGCCUCCUUGACUACUCCCAAUAAAAGCGAGAAGGAUAAACUCCUUGAAACUACAGAGGCUGCAGAGGAGCCCAUCACAGAGUCUUUUGAAGAACCAUCUGCAGCAGCGAACAGCAGCCAGGAAUCCCACAAGCCUCUGCGUUUUCUUCCAGGUGUGUUACUCGGCUGGGGUGGAGAACUCCCGCCUCUGCCAGAUUUCGGAGGACAGCCUUUUGCUGACACCCACAAGGCCCAACCUGCUCUGAAAACAGAGGUGCCACCCAGCGGGGGCUCCAAGGGUCCAGCUGCUGCUGCCACUGCUGCUGCGCCUCGAGACCGCUUUGUCAUCAAGAAAAAAGAAGUGAAAGUCGUCCAAGCUGAACCGCAGUCAUCCGGCCAGACAGAGGCUGCGAACGCAUCACUGGGAAAAGAUGCUGAGCCCGCACCCCGAGGUCCCCAAGUCUCUCUGAGAGAUAAGCCUCCAGAUGUUUCCACGGAAGCUUUCUUGGACAGCCUGGCGACGAUUCACAAAGAUGGUGAAGUGAGCAGCAGCGAUACCCCCAAGAAAGAGGACAUCGCUCUCCCUGAUUCAGACAAAGCAAAGUUGGAAUCACAGCCAGCAUCAGAGAACACAAAUGGCUCCAAACCUCUAAGUGGAAUAUUGAAAAAGAUUUCCAACUAUUCAAGUGUGACUGAAAACAAAGCCGGCGAAACGAGCCCCAUUACCCCCGUUGAUGAUAAGCACGCUCCUGUGUUGGGUAGCAGUAAAAUCAGCUCAGUUACAACAUUUCAUCAAGGCUUUUUACAGAUCUCUCAGGCCAAACACAAACUGAAAGAACAAAACCCAUCUGAUAGUCAAUCAGUGCCCGGUGACUGCAGCGAUCCUGCUGGAGGCCAUUCGAGCGGCACAGUAACUCAAGCAGGAAACCCUUCUGUAGUACCACAAGACACGGGGAGGGCGCCAGCUCUGCCAACAUGUAACAGUGCUGCACCUGCCCACCACCAGCAGCAGCACCAACCUCAGGUACCUGGCAGUGACCACGACCCACCUUUUCCAAACUCUUUUCACAACCUGCACAUCCAGGAUCCGAAUCACAGCACACCAGAAGCCCAGGAGUAUGCUUCCUUUGAGGCAAACCCCGAGACUCUCGCCCAACCAACUGGUCAACCUCCAUCGCAGGCCAAAGAGGAAGCACAGGAGGAGCUCUACACUUACUGUCACCCGUGGGAGGAGAGGCAGUCGCACAGCGAGGACCGGGACCACCACCACGAGAGGCACGGCCACCGCAGAGACUCUCACCACGGGAAGAAGAGCAGGCAUCAUGACAGGGGGCGGAGCAAGAAACACGAGCACGGCUCCGACGGCAAGCGCAGAGACAAGAGUCGGCACCACAGACACUCUGAGGACCACUAUGGCGAGCGGCGGAAAGAGCGAUACUACAGUGACGACUACACUAGCCGCCAUAAAGAACGCCACAGACACCGGCGGGACUCGGACUAUGACUAUGACUAUGACAAUGUGCGAAGGAGCUCAAAAGACAGUUACUCGUAAUAAUUAGGUUUUUUAACUUUUUUUUUUUGUUCGUUUGUGGUUUUUUUUUUUUUUCAAA